GCGCCGUUCAACAUGGGUUGCUGGUUGACUCUACGGAUCCAGGAGUGCAUGCUGAACCCGCCUACUGCGAUCCACCACUUAUCCAGAGAUGAAGUUCGCCGACUACUCGAGAUUUCAGCGUGGCUGAACUACGACCUGAGCAAAGCUGAGAAGAGUGAAACGUUGGGCGUACUGGCCGCAGAGAUGGAACAGAGAACAGAAGAUCUUCAGACAGGCACACCGGCAGGAUACUUCAUUCGGACGAGUCGCUGCAGCCCCAAAGGCGCUGAUGGAGGUAACCUUCAACCUAUCAACAACAUGCGCGAAGCACUCACCAAGCUGGUCUCUUCGAAAAGAACCGUUCAAGCACUUCUCGGCUUGUACUAUCAAAUCAACCAGGAUGCAGAAUCCACAGAUAACCGGCUCUACUUCUUCCCAUACUACACCCACCUCGACCGCUUAAGCGAGUGGCAUUGCUAUGUCAAAGAAAGCCAUAUCGUCAUCAUUAGCCAGAGCAGAUUUUAUCAGCCAAACCACGCCGGCAUCACAAACGACAUGCUGAGCAAGCUAGUGUUCCAGGCUCGUCGCCUCUGGUCUCGCAUGGCACCCGACCUCGACUUCAAAAGCUGCAUCCUAGACGUCUAUGCAGAAGUCCUUGAUCCAGAUUUCGAGGUGAAGCUCAUCGAGAUUUACCCCUGGGGCGCACACUCCGGCUCAGGCAGUUUACUCUUCCACUGGCUCGACGACGCGGAUAUCCUUGAUACUGAACAGCAUGACGGGACGACGGUGAUUAGAUUGGUUGAGCCAGGCGAGGCAAAGGACCUGUCGCGCGAUGAUGCCUUUCAGAGUGGUCGAAGUGGGAUUAUUGAGGACGAGUUGCGGUGUUUGCAGGAGAGGGGGCUUGAGUGGGUUCUGGAGGAAGGAAAACACGCUGAGUUUAUGGGCUUGCCGGUGCCGAAUGGACAGUAUGGACUUACCACGAGAAAAGAUGGUCUUGAAAUCUUUCGGAAAGAAGAGGAAGGGAAGGGUCCAGAAAUGAAGCCGCGGGAUCACCCGCGAUUCCUGAAGUUGAAAAGGGCGUAUCGGGCGGAGCGAUGAUGCUGGAUAUCAAGACCGGAG